UGCAGCGCCAGCAAAUAACAAACAGUGAAGUGCACUGUCGAGAAAAAUAUGGUGUGACCUAUAAAGUCAGUAAACGAUGUUUAAAAUGGAUCCAAGACUUCUUGUUUUCCUCGUUUCAGUGGCUUAUGGUUUUACAGUCGUUAAUGGUCUGCUAUGUAGUUGUAGCGUCUGUAAAUCCAGCAAUUACACCUGUGAAACAGAUGGCGUAUGCUACAUUGAGAAGAGACGAACUGAGUCCAAAGAAAUCGAGACUCUUACUCGAUGCAUGUCUAAACAGGUUCUUCAUCCGCCAGAUAGGCCAUUAGUUUGUGAACCAAUCUUUAAUGUUGUCUUGUGCUGUGACACCCACAUGUGUAAUGAACGUUUGAAUGGAACAGUCCCACCUUUACCUUCAACCCCACCAAGUCCAACCACACAGGCAAUGCAAGAAAGCCUGGAAACCCUGGAGCUGGCGGCUGUCAUCGCCGGGCCGAUAUGUUUCAUUUGUUUCAUGUUCAUGAUAACGUUGUGUGUGUGUUUGGCGCAGCGUCGUAGACAAACUCCUCGAUACCAUUUCAACGAUGACAUUGAAUCUAUAGACCCACUAAUGCCACCAGGACAGUCGUUAAAAGAUCUGAUGGAUCUUUCUACAUCUGGAUCAGGAUCAGGUCUACCAUUACUUGUGCAAAGGACAAUAGCCAGACAAAUACAGCUUGUUGAACAGAUCGGUAAGGGCAGGUUUGGUGAAGUCUGGAGAGGACGUUGGCGAGGAGAAAAUGUUGCUGUCAAGAUAUUUUCAUCACGAGAGGAGCGCUCUUGGUUCCGAGAAGCUGAAAUAUAUCAGACGGUCAUGUUACGAAAUGAAAAUAUUCUUGGCUUCAUUGCAGCUGACAACAAAGAUAAUGGUACUUGGACUCAGCUAUGGCUUGUAUCUGACUAUCAUGAGAAUGGAUCUCUCUAUGAUUACUUGGCUAGAAUUCCCGUGGACAUUACCGGUGUGAUAAAACUAUCACUCUCCACAGCGAGUGGCCUUGCUCAUUUACAUAUGGAAAUAGUAGGAACUCAAGGUAAACCUGCUAUAGCGCAUCGUGAUUUGAAAAGCAAAAAUAUAUUAGUGAAAAAGAAUGGCCAAUGUGCAAUAGCUGAUCUGGGACUGGCAGUGCGCCAUGAUGCGACAACCGACACAGUAGACAUUGCUCCGAACAAUAGAGUGGGAACCAAGCGGUACAUGGCACCCGAAGUACUGGAUGAUACUAUUAAUAUAAACCAUUUUGAGUCAUUCAAGCGAGCUGAUGUAUACGCUCUCGGUUUGGUACUUUGGGAGAUCAGCAAGAGAUGUAACAUGGGAGGUAAUUAUGAAGAAUACCAGCUACCAUACUAUGACAAGGUGCAGUCUGAUCCCUCUAUUGACGAAAUGAGGAAAGUUGUGUGUGAUGAAAAACAACGACCAGAUAUACCAAAUAAAUGGAUGAGUAAUGAGGUGCUAAGAGUUAUGGCCAAAGUAAUGAAGGAGUGCUGGUAUCACAAUGGUGCGGCGAGGCUCACUGCAUUGAGAAUAAAAAAGACACUAUCAACUGCCAGCAAUGCUGAAGACAUCAAGCUGUGAUUAGAAAAAAUUGAGUGGUAGUUCAUACUAUUUUAUUAUAUUACCAUUUUUUUUUUUAAUAUUUUAAUUAGUUGAAAUAAACGAAGACUUAUAAAAUAAUGUGAAAUGUUGUAGGGCAUUUCCUGGUAAAUUAACCAGACAUGAAUUUGUGGGUCUCUAAUGAAUAUUUUUAUUUGUGGCUGGGCAUUAAUAUGUAAAUCAUGUAGUGACUCGUCACUAGAGGGCAGUCAUCAAAUCAAUUAUGGCCAUUGAGAGCAGUCUUAAUAUGUUCGGGUUGGUGAUGGUAAAGUCCCAGCAGGACUUUAAAACUUACUUUUUGGGGUGAAUAUUAGGAGAAACAUGUUCUAUUUAGUAGGAAAAUGUUUUUUGUUUUAUAUUUGAUAGAGGGCGCUAUAUAUAUUAAUUUUAUGACUGCAUCCAAGAUGUUAGGUCGUUGCUGCAUUUUACAAUUUAUAAAAAAUAAUGACUUUUAUGUAGUAUAUGAUAUGUAAAUUAAUAUUUUUUUAUAUUUAAAUAUUUGUUUCAAGGAAAAUUCAUGCUUUUCUAUAGUGAGAGAUAAUGCUUUUAGUUUGAUCUAGGGUAUGGUUAUAGCCAUGGACAAGGAUAAUUAACAUUUGUACAACUAAAUAGUAAAUAAUUUGGUCUAACGUACUAUAGUAGUAUGUAAGCAACAUACAAUUCAGAUAAGAGAGUUAACAUGUCUUGAUUAGUUCUGUAGACCAAUUCCUCGUCAUUGUGAGUUUCUGCAUUAUGCGUACAAUUAAGUGUAACAACAGGAUUAAAAAGGGUCUUAGUGUCGUCUCAACAUUGUGUGUGAUUUGACAAAUGUAAAUGAAUUUUUGCAAAAUGUCCACACCUUAUAAUGUUGAUUACAUAUUUGAUGAUGGUCAAUUUUGAUGAAGUAAGGGUAUCUAAAUGCCAUAUUCACAUCUUAAAGAUUGGCAUUUCAAAAUUGAAUUAUAAAAAGGGAUUUUUAUGGCAGUUGUUCUGUGAGCAUUUUUCAUGCAAUAUGCAAAAUGUCACGAUGAAUGGAAAUCACCUAUUAAUACUGAGUAGGUUUAAUGAAGCAGAACUGAAUUCUCAUCUCUGUUAUCAGUACCCAGAAUCUGUUUGAUUCAUCGGAGAUUAUGUGACAUCGAAGUUUGAGGCAUUUGGUGGUUUUUUAAUGAGAAAGGUGUCUUGUUUUGCUAAAAAGGGUUUGUGAAAUAUGCAGGAAAUAUGAAAUUGGCAGUAUUAAAAGACACAAUAUGUAAGCUAUUAUUUAUAUUUUGUGUUCCAGCUAAUGAAACAUUUUCCAAUUUGACAGUUUUUAUUUGAGAAAAAUGUCUUCUCUGUCAACCUGUUCCCAUGAAGCAUUGCAUGAACAAGUACAUAUGCUCCGCACAUAUUCAAGAUGUUGAGAAUUAAUGGUUUAUAUUCAGCACAUACUAAUUGUUUUCAUCUACCUAUUGAUGAGGACUUGUAAGUUUGGCUUAAGUGAUUUUAUAAGCUUCUCUUAUCAUAUUGGCUGCUUAUCAAGCCAAUCAG